AUGAUGCAAGGAUAUAUUAGGGACACGGACUGUGAGAGCAUUGAAGAGGGAUACCUUCAUAAGUUACAAGUGCAUGUAAAGCGUUUCACACAAACGGCAUUUGCUAGAGAAUGGGGAUUGAACAGGGCAUGGAUAGCGUCUCCGGAUACGCCUAGGCUAUUCGCAUUCGCUAAAACCCACAAGGAAUACCCAUCUAUCAGGCCGAUCCUAGAUAAGGCUAGAUCACCAACCAGAGCCCUGGAAAAUGAAGUACACAAGCGCAUAUAUGACCAUAUUAACGAUUACAAUUGGAGUAUUAGGAACCCAAUUGAGCUCAUUGAAGAGUUGAAGAAUCUCAGCAUUACUGACUCCACUUAUAUCACAGUCCUGGACUUUGUUUCGCUAUACCCAUCCAUAAAAAUCGAACCGUGUUUCUGCGAGUUCAGAGAUUUAUUGCUCACAUAUCCAGGUGCCGUGGCUCGACGGAAGCACAUUUUAGAGCUAGCGCACAUAUUGUGUUACUCAUCUUUCUUCCGGUUUAACAACAAAACUUACAUACAAAAGCGGGGGGUCCCAAUGGGAAGCCCUCUUUCGGGAGACUUGUGUGAGCUAGUAAUAAGGAAACUUGAGCAACAAAUCAUCCCUCUUUAUAAUUCCAACAUGCUCCUGUACAGGAGAUAUGUGGAUGAUGUCCUUAUCAUAUGGAGAACAGAACCUAACGUAAAUAUUUUCAUAAAGGAAAUGAACAACAACCCAUAUGGCCUAAAAAUCAAACUAGACCAAAAAAGCAAUAGAGCCGCACACUUCCUCGACUUAAACAUUCAAUUAAUGAAUAAGAGAAUUUCUUACAAAGUUUUUUACAAAGAAUGCUAUGUACCAAUGUUCAUCCCGGCUAACUCAGAAGAUCCUUACCCCUAUAAGAUAGCGGCAUUUCGGGCAUUGACUAAGAGGGCGUUCACCCACCACUCUGAAUGGAAGGACACCAUAGCAGAGCUGGAACAUAUCCAGGGAAUGGCAACACAGCAUGGGUACGGUAAGAACUUGGUAUAUAAUAUCGCAAGAGCAUAUAUACGGAAAAGAGAAAGCAAUACUCCGGACAUCCCAGAUGUUCCCCUUGACGGAAACAGUAAAAGAAAAAUAGUAGAGUACAACCACCAUCUGGCCAAUAUAUACAGAGAAAUCUCUUCCCGCACUAAUAAUAAGGUAACGUACAGUAGGCCAAGAUCCAUUUAUAGCUUACUACGCAAUGGGAAGGAUACGCUAGACUUGAAAUGCGCACCGGGAGUAUAUUCUAUACCCAUUUGGGAUGACAGAUUUAAUAAUAAAUUGGUAUAUGUGGGAUCAACCAAACGCUCCCUUCGCAAACGUCUCCAGGAGCAUAAAUAUGAUAUAGAUAAUAAUAAACACACCACCACCCUUUCAACCGUGGCCACAGAACCUGGAAUAAGGGUGGAUCUACAGAAUGCCCGUAUGGUAAGACUAUCACAGCGUACGGACCAACUAAGAAUUAUGGAGACCUUAGAGAUUUAUAAAGCAGGAUUAAACAACACAUGUAUUAACUCCAAAGACGCAGUUAAUAUCUCUAAAGCAUGGAAAUUUUGUUAUGAAGAAACACCCCACACAUAA